AUAUCAUUGCAGUAUUUUCUAUAUCAACUCUUGCGAGGAUUGAAGUACAUACACUCUGCAAAUGUUUUGCACCGUGAUCUAAAACCAAGCAAUUUACUUCUCAAUGCAAACUGUGAUCUCAAAAUAUGCGACUUUGGGCUUGCCAGAACAACCUCUGAGACAGACUUCAUGACAGAGUAUGUUGUGACUCGUUGGUAUAGAGCCCCUGAAUUGCUACUGAACUGUUCAGAAUAUACUGCUGCUAUUGAUGUAUGGUCGGUUGGUUGCAUUUUGAUGGAGAUAAUUAGAAGGGAGCCUCUGUUUCCUGGUAAAGAUUAUGUUCAGCAAUUGGCGCUCAUAACUGAGUUGUUAGGUUCACCAAAUGAAGAAGAUCUCGGAUUCCUCAGAAGUGAUAAUGCAAAGAAAUUUACAUACUUAUUUUUUUUUGAGGAAGCACUGAAUCAACCAUAUAUGUCAAGUCUUCAUGAGAUCAACGAGGAGCCUGUUUGUCCAUCCCCUUUCGUCUUUGAUUUUGAACAGGCAACUCUGAAUGAAGAUGAUAUAAAGGAGCUCAUAUGGAGGGAGUCUCUGAACUUUUGCAAGGAGCAGAUUCUUGAAUAG